GCGAAUAGAUGAAAAUUGAACAUAUUUUGAAAACACACAAUGCGAUGAAAUUUAACGUUUAUGUAUACUCUCAAAAAAUUUGUUUGUGUUGACAUUGCCAGUUAAAUAUUUUGCAAAUAAAAUAUACUACACACAAACAUAAUAUAUAAUAUUAAUAAAUAAAUAUAAAGAGAAAACAAUCAUAAACAUAUCGCGUGCAUAGCAAUCAUCCCAACAAUGGAAAAUCUAACGUCGAGGACUCAGACUGCCAGCUUUCUCACGGGCUCUAAAUUCUAUGGAAACUACAAUGAGCUGGGCAUGCAGGACUACGGACUCUAUGUCUAUCCCGACGGCACCAGAUACUUGGGCCAGUUCUACAAUAAUCGCUUCCACGGCAAUGGAACCAUAGAAUUACCAAAGCCAUAUUGUGUGUUCUUCACUGUGGUGCAUAAACACGGUGAGCUAACGCAUAUUAGCAGAAUGAGCUUCACCGAUUUGCUGCCCGUUCAGUUCACGAUGACCCAAGACAACAUUAGCUUUGAGAACUGGAACUAUUGCACAGCGGCAGAUCGUCGCUUUAAUGCGGAGCGAAUGACAAAAUUGGAAGCUGUGGGUCCGGAAAUGUUCCUGACAAGUGAUGGCCCCAAUCCGCCGCCGCUGCACCGCAACGUUUUCGAUCUCGGCUUUGGGCUGCUUACUGAUCUGGGCUUCCUGAAAAAUAUGCCGAACCAUAUGACCGAGACGACCCAAUUCUAUGUGGGCUGUCGCAAUGUGCGACGCUGGAUACGCGAGAAUUGUCGCCAUGGUCCCCUAAAGGGCAAGCACCUGAAACAGGAGGUGCUUUCCAAGUUUGCGCGUCAGAUCAUGCGCAAUAAUCUGGAAUGCGCUGCGGAACUGAAGACACAUGCGAUCAAAAAAAUUGCCACGACAACGCAGCACAGGUGCAAAGUGUGCCGACGCUCUAGAAGCGAGGAAAGCGCCGGAUCGGCCAAAGAGGUGCGUUUGCAUCUGGGCAGCACCUCCAGAAGUUGCAGUUCCAUUAUGGAUCAUACGCUGAAACGUGAGCCACAAUACAGACGACUCUCAAAAAAAGACUACCCAAUUCGGCGCUCCAAGACUGAGGAGAACGUCUGCCGCUUAAAUUAGUCACAUAAUAAUAGCAAAGAGUUGUUAAAAUUGUAAAAUUAAUAUGUUAUGCCCGGCGAUUAACCCAAA